GGCCGGGUUUGCCCCGCUCCCCUCCCCGGCCCGUUCGGGUCUGAGCCCGGCGCCUGCCAAGGGUUAACCCGGCCCGGGCUGUUCAAACACCUCGGCUGAGCCACCGCACCGAGCACCACGGGGAUGGCUCUUCCCGCCCUGCACCGGCACCCAUGUGGAUUGUGAGCUGCCCGCGCACCCUCGAGGUUUGGAGCCGGUGCUGAGCGGAGGGAUGGGCAGUGCCAGCCCCGGGCUGACCGCUCUGCCCCCCGGCCGCCUCGCCUGGCCGGACCCUGCGCCGCUGCCGCCGCCCCGGGACCCCGGACCCCGGAGCUGGGGCUGCCCGGAGAGCCCCAGCCCCCCCGGCACCCCCGAGCAGCCCCUGCCCGCUUUCUGCCUGCACUACUUCGACAUGCUCUACCCCGAGGACGUGGCCUGGGCCACCAAGGGCGUGGGAGAACCGUCCCCCGGCGGCGCCCAGGGCGGGCGGGAGGAGGCGCGGAAGGAGCCGGAGCAAUGUCCCAUCAUCGACAGCCAGGGCCUGGGGCUGGGGCCCGAGGGGGACCUGCAGGCCAGCCUGCCCCUGGAGGAGCACUCACUGGAGCAGGUGCAGAGCAUGGUGGUGGGAGAGGUGCUCAAGGACAUCGAGACGGCCUGCAAGCUCCUCAACAUCGCCGCAGACCCCACGGACUGGAGCCCCGGGAAUGUGCAGAAGUGGAUCCUGUGGACGGAGCACCAGUACCGGCUGCCGCACAUCGGGAAGUCCUUCCAGGAGCUGUCAGGGAAGGACCUGUGUGCCAUGUCUGAGGAGCAGUUCUGCCAGCGCUCGCCUGCCUGUGGUGACAUUCUCCAUGCCCACCUCGACAUCUGGAAGUCUGCUGCCUGGAUGAAAGAGAAGGCUGCCCCUGGAGAUGUAAGAUACUGUGGGGGUGACUCCAGCUGGGCCGACAGCGAGGUGGACUCGUCCUGCGCCGGGCAACCCAUCCACCUCUGGCAGUUCCUCAAGGAGCUGCUGCUGAAACCCCACAACUACGGGCGCUUCAUCCGCUGGCUCAACAAGGACAAAGGCAUCUUCAAGAUCGAGGACUCGGCGCAGGUGGCCCGGCUGUGGGGCAUCCGCAAGAACCGCCCGGCCAUGAACUACGACAAGCUGAGCCGCUCCAUCCGGCAGUACUACAAGAAAGGGAUCAUCCGCAAGCCCGACAUCUCCCAGCGCCUCGUCUACCAGUUCGUGCACCCGCUGUGAGCGGGACAGGCUGAGCCCCGGGAGGGACAGGGCACUCACUGCCUCCCUCUGCCCCAGCCACAGGAACCUCUGCCAGCACUAGGGCCCUCAGCUGGAGUGCGAGAGGCCCCCCGCCCCCAGGACCUGCUGGACACGGACCCAGAGACCCCCCAUUCCCCAGCUGAGGGACCACCCCCCAUGCCCUGGUGCGGGGCAAGGGCUGUGCAGAGCCCUCACCUCCCCUGGCUGGGCUUGUCCCCCCUCCUCUCCUCCCCCGGGUGCUGCCCGUGGGUGGCUUCGCCCCAGCCAUUGUUCGGGGAGGACAAAGCCUGGGCAUGAGCUGGGACAAUGGAACCCGCAGGGACAGGGCACCCUCAGGGACAGGACCACCUGCCCCUGCCCGUGGUGGGGCCACUGGCCAGACCCAAUCCAGGCAGGAGCAGCCUGGCACUGCCUGCCAUGGGAGCUGUGCCCCUGGAGACCACGGGCAUCCCCUCGGGACAGGUGCACCCCCUUCUCUUUCCACUCCAGGACACACUUGGCUUCCCCUCUCUGCAGGGGCUUGGGGCUGAAAACGGGAGUUUUUCAAGGACCAGCUGUAAAUGUGGGUGUGGGGCUGUGCACAGUGGGGAUCCCCCGAGCUGGGUCCUCCACCUUUGGGCAUGGGGCCACCAGAGCCCUCCUAAGAUCCCAGGUCCUGUGCCCUGGCACAGGGCUUUUCCCUUGAUUUGGAUUUUAUCUGGACUGCCUGAUUCUGUGGUUUGUGAAAAGGGAGAUGUCAGUUUGCUGUUUCCCUCUGGACAGUAAAUCUGGAUUGUGACCCGCUGAGGCUGGACUGGGACAGAGAGCUGGGGAUUGCUUCACCUGUGCCUUGCACCACAGUCAGAGUUACCUGGAGAUGUUGAUCUUUUAUAUUAUAGGUUUUUUUAUUUGUUUA